AUGGAAAAGACGGCACAGUUGCUCAAACGACGCCACGCAAGCUGGCAACGAAUUGGAAUCGCCCCUACAAAGUUCGGCGCAUCAGGACGAUGCGGAGGAGCGGCUGCUGCCACGGCCGGGCUUUCAGCCUAUCAACAGCCGUUAUGGGGUCGAGACGAACCAGACACGCGCGGAGUUUCGAGACCGGGCGGCCUGGACCACUCAGUGGAGGGUGAGGUGCAUAGCCUGUCUAGAUCAAGGCGGCACAGGUUCGACAGGCUGGCAACUGGAAUCCGAGACGUCCAUUCGCCUCUCCGGGGCUCGGCGCUGUCGUCAGCCGUCCUUCAGCCGUUGAAGGAAUUGGCCACAUCGGAUAUGCGUGCCGGACCGGCAUACCUGUUCUCAUUUCCUCAAGUACCAGCCAAAGGGGACGAACGGCACACGCCCUCGCUGGUUUCCCAACAGAUGGGGGCCAUGUCUUGUCUCAUCUGCAUCAUGGGGUAUAACGCAGACAUUACUGUGCUCUGUACUGCUAAUCGCACUAGUGUUGCCUACAACAAGAGCAUAGGGAAGCUGAGAGUUGAGGUCGGCUGA